UACAGCUUCUCCUACAAAAGCUUCAACUCUAAAUUCAAUUUUUUUAAUCUCUAACUUUUUGCUUUUCUUCCGGGUUUAUUUGUCGACGUCACAUCCCUGCCAUCUACACAAUAUUUUGACAUUUUUGACAUCACCUUAUUACCUAGGUAGCUGUUAUCCAAUAUCCAUCCUAUAUCUUUCUGCUACCCACCUAAAAUCAUGUCCCUCCCAACUCAAUUCGACGGCGUACUUCCUCUCUACAGGGUCCAAAAACCACCCUAUAUGGUCGAAUCUCCCGGCGCUGAAGAAGUCGAAGGCGAAACGAAGCCAUUCAGACAUAUCAAGGCCAAAGACGGUCUCAUCACACGCCCCGAAUCUCACAUCACUACAACCUAUGACAUAUUAAUAGAGAGUGCGAAGAAGUAUGGCGAUAAGGCCGCCAUAGGCUCUCGCAAACUCGUUAAGACGCAUACCGAGACUAAGAAAAUCAUCAAAGUUGUCGACGGGAUCAAGACCGAGGUUGAAAAGGAAUGGACAUACUUCGAGUUAACGCCGUACACCUUCCUUACUUACAAUGAGUACAAGACUCGAGCCCUGAACGUUGGCGCCGGCUUGAAGAAGCUAGGUCUUGAGACGGGCGAUGUCUUACACAUCUUCGCGACGACGAGCGCCAACUGGCAAUGCACGGCUCACGGCUGUGCCUCGCAAUCCAUCACAAUCGCGACCGCAUACGAUACUCUUGGCCCUGAUGCCGUCGAAUACUCCCUCACGCAAACGAAUGCGAAGGCCAUGUACACAGACCCUCAUCUAUUCAAGGUUGCCAGCCGCCCUCUGAAGAAUGCAAAAGACGUCAAGUACCUAAUCUAUAAUGACUCGACAAACGUGCCUAUCUCCGACGAGGAGAUGGCCGACUUCAAGGCCUCAAACUCUCACCUCACCAUCAUCUCCUACUCCGACCUAAUCAAACUUGGCGAGGAGAACCCUAUAGACCCCAUCCCGCCGAAACCUACCGAUUUGUGCUGUAUCAUGUACACUUCCGGUUCUUCUGGCCCUCCCAAGGGUGUUCCUCUUACCCACGAAGGAGUUGUUGCAGGUAUCACCGGUCUCUGGACUGUUGUUGCUGAGACUGUUUCGCAUCGCGACACUAUUCUGGCAUAUCUACCCCUUGCACACAUCUUGGAGGUGGCUGUAGAGAAUUUGGUAAUGUUUGUUGGUGGUACUCUAGGCUACGGAUCCCCGCGCACGUUGGCUGACUCUUCGAUGCGCAACUGUGCUGGCGACAUGCGAGAGCUUGCGCCUACCGUCAUGGUUGGUGUGCCCCAGAUCUGGGAGACCAUCAGGAAAGGUAUCGAGGCCAAAGUUAACUCUGGUGGUGCCUUGACGAAGAACCUCUUCUGGGGUGCGUACAACCUGAAGAGCUUACUUGUAUCAGCAGGCCUACCUGGAAGUGGCUUGCUUGAUGCUGUGGUGUUCAAGAAAGUUCGCGACAUGACGGGUGGGAGAGUAAGAUUUCUCUUCAAUGGUGCCAGUGGUAUUUCUGCUGGCACGAGGCAAUUCGUAAGCUUGGUACUCGCGCCAAUGAUUACAGGUUACGGCCUCACAGAGACUACCGCUAAUGGUGCUCUGGGCAAUCCGUUACAAUGGACUUGGGACGCCAUCGGCCCUGUUCCUGCGUCGCUCGAAAUUAAGCUGGUGAGCAUAUCUGAGCUAGGAUACGACGCGAAGAGCAAUCCGCCACAGGGUGAGAUUCUUCUGCGAGGACUUCCGGUCUGUAAGGAGUACUACAAGAACCCCGAGGAGACCGCAAAGGCUUUCACUCCGGAUGGGUGGUUUAGAACGGGAGACAUCGGCGAGAUCGACUCGGUUGGCCACAUCAAGGUCAUCGACCGCGUCAAAAACCUGGUCAAGCUGCAGGGUGGUGAAUAUAUCGCACUCGAGAAGCUCGAGGCCGUCUAUCGCGGCAGCGAGUACGUCCACAACCUCAUGAUAUACGGUGAUAGCGAUAACCCUCGGGCCAUCGCCGUAAUCAGCCCCAACGAGAAGCCCCUGAACGACUUAGCGAAGAAGCUAGGCGUCGACCACGCACACGCCCACACCGACCCCAAGGUCCUCGAUGCAGUCCACAAGGACUUAAUCGCGGUGGGUAAGAAGGCCAGCCUGACCGGGCUAGAAAUGAUUGUUGGCAUCGUAUUAGUUGAUGAAGAAUGGACGCCGGCUAGUGGCCUCGUCACAGCGACGCAGAAGGUGAACCGGAGGGCGCUUAAGGAUGCCUACAAGAAGCAGAUCGAGGAGUGCUUCAAGCGAAGUUCGUGAUGUGGUGAUGGGCGUCACGUCGUAUUAUUAUUUAAUGUAAUACCUACCUAUACGUCCUCCCAUCCUCCCUCUCUCUCCCAAGGCGUUUAUUGUAGUGAUUUAUCGGCUGUGUGUG